CCAGAGAUAUGUAUAUAUUUUUACCUCGCGUCUAACGCACUACAGUCGCGUCCACCGUCCCACCGCAGUGACAGUGAAUAUUGACCUGCGUGAAUAAAAACAAUGUGUGCUCACAGUUGAGGAAGCUGACAAUUUUAUUGUGACGUGCGAAUCGGCCCUCUAAUAUUGUUCUUUUUGUGAAUACGGAUUUAAGUGCUCAUUCAACAUGACGGUGCCAUCGAUCCCCCAAAUUCUCACGGAACUGAAGAUGACGCAGGAUGACCAGCAGCCCAGGAAAUGCUCCGUAUACAUGUGGUGGGUGGACUCCUGGCGAGGAAUCAUGGCUGAGUUCAUCUCUACGAUGAUGCUCGUCCUAUUCGGCUGCAUGGCUUGUUUGCCCAUGGAAGGAAUUAACUUAACCAUAUACCCACCUUUCGGAUUUGGUUUCGUAGUCUUGUUCAACAUUCAAAUCUUCGGACACAUUUCGGGAGCAUACAUGAACCCUGCAGUGACAUUAGCAACCGUCAUCUGGGGCAGUAAGUCCUUAAUUAUCGGAAUUUUAUAUAUACUAGCCCAAUGUGCGGGAGCAGUACUCGGCUAUGGAAUCUUAGUCUCUCUAUCUCCGUUUGACUUGGAAGUUGAUGGCGUAUGUGUGACGAUGCCAUACGCUGGUAUAACUGACCUGCAAGCAGUAGGAAUUGAAGCAGCGUUAACUGCAGCACUUAUCUUGAUUAACUGUGGUAUUUGGGAUCCAGCGCAUGCGAAUAAACAAGACAGCACCCCGAUCAAGUUUGGAUUAACAAUCGUAGGACUCAGUCUUGUGGGAGGACCACUGACUGGAGCGAGCAUGAACCCUGCUAGGACCCUCGGCCCAGCUGUCUGGACUGGCAGAUGGGCUAGACAUUGGGUAUACUGGGUUGGACCGACUGUCGGCAGUUUCUUUUCAGUUCUGUUCUACAAAAAAAUAUUUUUGAAGAAAUACGAAUAAAUAAGAACUGUGGUAUGUAAUAAACGGAUACUAUAGAAGUAUCAAAAGCUAAGCAUUUAAAGCUAGAUACGAAGUAUUGGACUAUGUAAGUUUUGUAUUUAUAUGUUACAAGUAUAUAUACAUAAACUAGUGGGUGCUGUUGGUUUUGAAUGGCGUAUUGGCGCAGACAUUGAACAAACAAAGUAUAAACUAUCGAACUAUCGGUCACUGAUAAUAUUCGGACAUCGCAAUACUCAAGGUCAAACAAAAUAAUUACCAAUAGUUUACAUUAUAUUAAGUUUUGAAAGACUUAACGAAGCUUGACGCUAUGAGUUCAGCACAUUGCUCUCAAUAUUUCGUGUCUAGCUAAAACCUAUUUAAUACAAAUGUAUAAAUAAAUAAUUUAUUAUCAGUAUUUAUCUCAAAGUGUUAAAUUAUUUAGUACGUUUAGUUUUAAGGACGAUUUUGUAUAGAUUAGAUUAUAAUUUGUAGUCAUUUAAAUACUCUUACCUAUAAUAAAAAGCCUGGUUUAUGUACAUUACGAUCAUUUUCCUUCAUUUAUUAUUAAUCUUCAUUCAACCAAGUGGCAUUUCUGUUUGAAUCUAUUGUGCGAAAUAAUUUUUACCUUAUCAAAUUCAUUUCAUCUGCUAAUGAAAGUGGCUACUUAUGCUUAAGUGGUUAUUGAUGAUUUCUAAUAAAAUAGAGUGUUAAUUGGAUUUCCCAUAGGAAAUAAUGUCGUUGGAAUUGUAAUGACAAUUAAAUGGCAAACCCAUUGACGUAAGUGCAUCAGUCAAGUUUCUCUUGGGGAUAAUGAAACAAAAAAGACACAAGGAAAGAUCAAAGGUAUUUUCUUCCCUAAAAAUACUAUAUUUAUGUACAUAAAUUUUAAUAAAAUCGGGUAAAUAAUUAACUACAAUUUGGAUAAUAAUGAAGAACAUUUCGAUAAUUAGAACGAAAUAAUGUUUUUUUUUUUCGUUUAAUAUGUAUCUCAGUACGUAUCUAAUAUAAAAACACAAGUCUGUCUAACAAAUUACUCAAGAGUGAACUUAAAGAUUCAUUUACAUUUAUUUAAUGAGUCUAAUGCAAAUUGUAUGUCGGCAAAUACAAUAUUUUGAUCGCAAUUCACCUACCUGUAUUUUCGUCGACAAAACAUGAUAUAUAGGUAUUUUUGCCAACAUUUGUAUUGCAAUCAUAUAUUUAUGGGUCUUGGUUUAAUAUCUUAGAAGCCAAUCUGCGCCAAUGACCUUAUAAAUAAGGAAAAUACACGCUCAAUACACUACAUGCAUGCCUAACUUGCCGUAACUGUUAAAAACCUGUUAUAACUAUCAGCCUAAAUAAUCUUUAACUAGCAAUUUUAUAUGAAGUCAACGACACUUGACUAUGUACUUCAUUUUGUUAUACAUGUAUCUUUUUUUGAGAGUGGAAUAUCAUCCUAUAACUUCUCUCACCUUGGUUGAGGCAAGAGGGAGUGUCAGACCUUUACUGACUAAAAACCACCCCGUUUCUACUCCUACUUUUAGAGCCGGACCUUAGGUAAUCCGCUAGGCAAUCCGCAGCUCCGGAUUAUACAUGUAUCUUGCCUUAUUAAAUAUGUGUGUAUGUCUCUCCCUAUGUAUGCUUAGAUCUUUAAAACUACGCAACGGAGUUUGAUGUAAUUUUUAAUAGAUAUAGUGAGUCGUCAAUCGCACUUUCAUCCAAUCAGCCUACAAAGCCAUCGUAAUAGGAAUUACAAGUAGGAACUUGUAAGCAAUUUUACUUUUAUUUUAAUUUAUACAUUCGCAACAAGUUAUGUUUUGUAAACCCGUUUCAAAUAACAACAAAAGUGAAUGUCAAUAUUUUAUUAUGUCGGCUAAAUUAACUGUGAAUUAAAGUUUCCGGGCUUCGCUAUCGAAAAGGUUUAAUUACAUACAUAACUAUGUUACAUAAAACAAAAACACCUAUGCCAAGUAUAAAAUUAAUAAAUGCGAAAAUAAUUCUUAUGUAUAGUGGUCUUAUAGCUCUAUUUAUAUUAAUUGAAUUUUAAUUUAUGUAUGCUUACUGAGUUAAGGAUUUAUACUUUUUAAUUUACCCUCAUAGAUCGUGGUUGUUAUCUGGAAAUGCAAUUUCUACCCUCAUAUUCGUCAUCAGAGUCAUUAAUAUCAACUUUAAUGAUGGUGUUACAAGUCUCAUUACCAUACAAAUAAUGAGAAUUUGUACUCACUCCUCACUCUCCUUCGAUAACUUAAUCACAUUUUGUUACAUAUUUUUAUGAUACGUUGCAAUAUGUAAAAAAUAGUUUUCACUACUAAUAUUUUUAAACAAAUCAUUCUCUUUAGUUUUAAUGAGAUCUUACAAGGGUCUUUAGUGAUUGACGACUGACAUCGGAUUUGGAAUGGUUUUAUUUUACUUUUUGCACUGAACAACGAGGUUGAAAGCGCAGAUAACAUAUUUAUUCAUAUCUUCUAAGAAAUAUUAAUAUUUUUUGAGAAUAAUUUUAUUAUAACUUUCGUGAAACUAAAUUAAUUAUUAUGUUAUCGGCUUGCAUCGUGUGUCGCGGAAUGCUGUUCAUAAAUAUGAGCCUCUGGCAUGGCUUGAAACUAGUCGAGUUUCUCGUCAAACAGUUACGUGAGUAAGCCGAUAACAUAAGAAUUAUUUUGAGAAUGUAGUAUAGUACUAUACAUUAUAACUUUCCUACAAUAAUAUAGUCUAAUGAAAUUACCAUUUCAUUGCCUCUUUAGUUCCAAUUUCGCACAAUAAGAUUAAAAUAGACACCGUGUCGUUUGAAGAAGCUUUAACACAAUUAAUUAAUAUUGUCAAAUCAUUUAACAGAAGCGGUUUUAAUUAAGAAAUACAUGUCGAAGUAACUUUUAAUUAAAAUCUUUGUCUAUGGGAACUCUAUGUUCUAAGUUGAACAUAUAUGUAUGUAUAGCUUUAUGUUACAAGUCUGUGUGAACAGUGAUUUAUGUUUCCAAAAAACAUAAGUGCUUCCAAAGUAAAAUGUCUUAUUACUCACAGUAAAAUUGGAACAACAUUUCAGUAUUACUCGACUAGUUUUGAGACUCGACCGGGGCCCAUGAUCACGAGCAACAGUCGAGUAACCUUAUUGAAGAGUUACAAGAUUAACCGCCGUACUCAGAGUCAUUUAAUGGUUACUUAACCCAAUUGUUUUCGAGACAAAAUCGUUACUAAGGAAUACUUUACGUAAUCUUUAAAUGUCUUUGAGUGUGGCAGUAAGCCUAAUUUGCUUAUCUACUAAUAAUUUUUCAAAUCUGAUAGACUCAUUACCGAAUUAACUUGAAAGUACCAAAAGAUGUAAGAAGCAAAUGGUUACUAAUUGUUCAUAGUUCAUACAGACUUGUCAUACUUAGUAUCAUGUGCAAGGUACCACUGUAGCCUGAUAUUUGCAUUUCUAUCAACUAGUCCAGUCAGAAAUGGUGCGGUUCAAUGACCUUAAUUGAUCUGCAUAAUUAGUCAUAAGCUAUACUUGUACACAGUGCCUUUAAACUUAGUAUAAUCGAUGCUAAAUUAUGGUAAUAACUAUGUAUAUGUAUAUCCUCGCAAAUACAGUACUGGUCAAUGAAA